GCUCAGACUGAAGGAAGGGAGGCUUAGUGGAAACUUGAGGACAUGCGGCGUCUCCUGCAAACUUUACUCAAACCAAACUUUCUGCGAGCUGAAGACAGACCCGAGGACUGAAGAAUGAACUGAAGAGUGGCGGAGAGGAAGAGGAGAGGAGGGGGAGAAGAGCCGUUCACUCCCAUUGAUCCACUAUCGAGGGUUCCUGCAUUAAAGAUGCAGGCUGCUGCUGCUGCUCUGACUGUGCUGAGUGUUUUCUUCAGCCUGGACUGCCUGUGUGCUCAGCGGACCAAACCAAUUCAGAAUGAGAAAAACGCUCAGAAUGAUGAGACAGAACCGAAGAAGAACCAGCCGCACAUCAUCUUCAUCCUCACGGACGACCAGGGCUUCAACGACAUCGGCUACCACAACCCGACCAUCAAGACUCCCACUCUGGACAAACUGGCGGCGGAGGGCGUGACGCUGGAGAACUACUACGUUCAGCCCAUCUGCACGCCGUCACGCAGCCAGCUCAUCACGGGCAGAUAUCAGAUCCACACGGGACUGCAGCACUCCAUUAUCAGACCCAGCCAGCCGAGCUGUCUGCCUUCACACAUGGACACUCUGCCUGAGAGGCUCCGUGACGCCGGCUACACCACGCAUAUGGUCGGGAAGUGGCACCUGGGCUUCUACAGGAAGGCGUGCCUGCCCACCAGAAAGGGGUUUGACACUUUCUUUGGUUCCUUAACAGGAAGUGUGGAUUACUACAGUUAUGGGUCCUGUGAUGGCCCUGGGUUGUGUGGGUACGAUCUCCAUGACGACGAGGGUGUGGCGUGGGGCCAGGAAGGAAAGUACUCCACCACGCUCUUCACACAAAGAGCCCGCAAGAUCCUCGAGAGUCACGACCCCACGGGCAGGCCGCUCUUCCUGCUGCUCUCCCUCCAGGCAGUUCACACUCCUCUACAGACUCCCAAGUCCUACAUCUACCCCUACCGUGACAUGGCGAACGUUGCCAGGAGGAAGUUUGCUGCCAUGGUGUCCACAGUGGACGAAGCGGUCCGAAAUGUAACCUAUGCUCUGAGAAAGUAUGGAUACUACAGGAACAGCGUCAUCAUCUUCUCUACUGACAAUGGUGCCCAGCCUUUCACAGGAGGGAGCAACUGGCCACUGCGAGGCCGAAAGGGUACGUAUUGGGAAGGUGGAAUCCGUGGAGUGGCGUUAGUGCACAGCCCCCUGUUAAAACGCAGGAGACGGGUCUCCAAGGCUCUAAUGCACAUCACUGACUGGUUCCCCACACUGGUGGGCCUGGCCGGGGGAAACACCAGCCAGAGUCAUGGGCUGGAUGGUUUUGAUGUUUGGCCCGCCAUCAGUGAAGGGAAGGAGUCACCUCGUCAGGAGAUCCUUCACAACAUUGACCCUCUGCACAAACCUCACGCUCAAACCAUGAGCUGGGAUGUCAGCGCAGAGGAACCCUUAGUAGUCAAAGGCCCAAAGAAUCCAAAGAAUAAGAGGAUCCUGAUGCAGAAACCAAAGCAGAAGUCAGCAUUCAAGUUGAAGAAACCUCCAACAUUUCCCCAUCCUGCUGCUAAGCCUCAUCCCAAACCUAAAUCCAAGAAACUUCCCAAACUGAAGCUUAAACCCCUCCCAAAGUCAAAACUCAAACCCAAACCUAAACCCAAACCCAAACCCACCACCAAAGUUUACCCUCAGAAGCAGAGACAGUCACAUUACAAACCUCCUCUGGAGUCCCACUACAGCGGUGCUCCAUCAGCAAAAGGAACAUCUCACCCUAAAACUCAGCCUCAUAUCAAAUCACGUUUAAAGUCGAAAUCCAGGCGCAACAUAUCCCAGAAACAGAACCUGUCCAGGGAAAGACCACCUCAACCAAAAUCCAAGACAAAGCUCAAAGUACAUUUAAAGUCAAAGUCCAGGCGGACAUUAUUCCAACACCAGAACAUGUCCCAUCCGGUGCCCCAGUUAAGUUUCCAGCCAGUGUGGGAUGCAUCGGUCCAGGCUGCCAUCAGAGUUGGAGACUGGAAGCUGCUAACAGGAGACCCAGGCCAUGGAGACUGGGUCCCCCCACAGGUACUUCCCACUCUCCCUGGUCGCUGGUGGAACCUUGAACGUGCUGUCUCAUCGAGACCCAAAUCCUCCACGCUCAAGAACAUCUGGUUGUUCAACAUCACGGCCGACCCGUGUGAGCGGCAGGACCUGGCAGACCAGAGACCAGAUGUGGUCCAGCAGCUGAUGGCCCGACUCGCCUACUACAACCGAACAGCCGUGCCGGUUUAUUUUCCUCCUGACGACCCUCGGGCCGAUCCCAGCCAGCACAGUGGAGCCUGGGAACCUUGGGUGGAAGAAGAGGAGGACGAGGAGGGAAAAUAUAAUGGAGUGUACAAGAAGGGUAAGAGCGGUAAAAAGAAGAGGAAGAAGCCAAAGUGCCCGUUGUGCGAGCUGCGGUCGUUCUUUUUGAAACUCAACACCAGGAUGAUGUCUAAUCGGAUCUGAGGUGUCAGCCUCAACCUGGAGCCAUAAAAUGAUUGUGUCAAAGACUUUAAUGUUUUUAAAUAUUUAUACAUUAAAACAUCUUCGCUUCCUACGUGAAAAAAAAGUGGUAACCGAUAAUUCCACUGCGUUCAGUUGAAGCGAACUUCUUUCUGAAGCAUGUCCUUUCACUGGCUUCACUUUUCCACGUUCCUCUAAAAAUCAAGUGAAAAGAGUCAAAUAUCUCGUCUUAGAUCUGAGGUGACAUCGACAGUCCAGCUGGAUCAGUAAGAACCUCACACAUAAAGGCCCAGACACACCAAACCGACUUCAAAGAAUUAGCAGCAACAAAGACCUUCUGCUGCAUUGCCUCAUGUUGACUGUGUCUUGGCCUUAAGGUUGCGCAUGAACACACUGCAAGGACUUCAUCCAACAACCAAGCAGCAUGAACCUUCUGCGCAUGCGUGACAGCAAAUAACUCUCCACACUAGCAGACGGCGGUAGUCUGUAUUCAUCAUUCAAAAAGGGAAACCGGAAGACCGUCU